UUUGUUAGAAUUUCCAAAAUCUAUUAAGUUUUUUAAAUUUUAAUUUCCAAAUCGUGCUAUUGCGGCGGAGACGGCGGAUGAAAAGGCCGCUGAAGUGGUGGUGCACCUUGAAGUCCGAAUGAAUUCCCAAAACUCUCACACGGGAGCAUGGUUUAUAAUCGGUGAUUACAAUUUACAACGCAGUUCUUGGCGCUCAUGAGAAAAAAAGUGUUUCUUGGUCCAACAUUGCUUCUAUGAUUCAUCUCUCCACCAAAAGUGCAGAGUUUACCUGGUCAAAUCCUCGUUUAGGGAUGGCUCGCAUUGAAUCUCGGCUUCAUCACACACCAUUGUUAAUGAACCAAAAUUAUUGUUUGCUUUUAUCAUUUUCACAUGGCUGACAAACUUAUGCAAGCGGUUCAGUAUGAUUCCUAUGGCGGUGGUGCAUCCGGAUUGAAGCAUGUUGAAGUUCCUGUUCCCACUCCAAAGGAUGAUGAAGUUUUACUCAAAUUGGAAGCAACUAGCAUUAAUCCAGUUGAUUGGAAGAUUCAGAAGGGUGCUCUACGCGCAAUGCUUAUGCCGGGAAAAUUUCCCCAUAUACCUUGCACUGAUGUGUCAGGAGAGGUAGUAGAGGUUGGACAGCAAGUGAAAGAUUUUAAAGCUGGUGAUAAAGUUAUUGCUAAACUAUCAACUCAAUAUGGAGGUGGACUAGCUGAGUUUGCAGUGGCUAGCGAGAUCUUAAUAGCUGCCAGACCAUCUGAAGUUUCAGCUGCUGAAGCUGCAGGUUUACCUGUAGCCGGUCUCACAGCUCAUGACGCGCUCACAGAAAUUGGAGGAAUUAAGCUUGAUGGGAGCGACCCCAAGAAUGUUUUGGUAACUGCUGCUUCAGGCGGUGUAGGUCUUUACGCUGUUCAACUUGCCAAACUAGGAAGCAACCAUGUGACAGCCACCUGUGGCGCUCGCAACAUUGACUUAGUUAAGGGCUUAGGUGCUGACGAGGUUCUUGACUACAAAACUCCAGAGGGAGUAUCAUUAAAGAGUCCGUCUGGUAAGAAAUACGAUGCAGUGAUAAAUUGCACCACAGGAAUACGAUGGUCAACUUUUGAUCCUAAUUUGGCUAAAAACGGAGUUGUGGUGGAUUUAACACCUAGCCCAAGAUCAAUGUUUACUUUUGCCCUGAAGAAACUUACUUUUUCGAAGAAGCGGUCGGUGCCUUUUAUUGUAUCUGUCAAGGCCGAUGGCUUGAAACAUCUUGCUCAGUUAGUAAAGGAUGGAAAACUGAAGACAAUUAUUGACUCCAAAUUUCCUUUGAGCAAAGCUGAAGAUGCUUGGGCUAAGAGCAUUGAUGGCCAUGCUACUGGAAAAAUCAUUGUGGAACUAUAGGCACUGUUUACUUGGGGAUGUUGUUUUUAUAGUUUCUAGUUUCUACUUUUCUAUACAAAGGUGUGUGUAUGUGUGUUUAUAUAGAAAUGAAUAACGUGGGAUACGUUGUAUGUUGAAAGUAUUUUAAGUUCAUAUAUUUAUUGAUUUUUUCUUC